AUGUCUCGUCUCGUCGUCUCGUCGUCUCGCCGCCUCGCCCUCUCCUCAUCUCAUCGUCUCAUCACAUGCCCUUUCCAGUUCGGCCCGCAAUUAUGCUUGCGCCGGCGCCACCGAAUCCAAUACAUACUUUGUUCCCACAAAACACGGCACCAGAGAACCCGGCACCGCCUGCUCGUAGUCGUACUUGAACCGCCAGCCCGUGCAGUGGCCCGGCAGAAUGACGGUGGGCGACAGCGCCUUCAAGUCGGCGACCGUCGCCUGCAUUUUCGUCGGGUCGUUGUCCGCCAUGUGGAAGCCACCCACGACGGCGUGCAGGGUCUUUGCGCCCUCGUCCUUGGCCGGGAGGCUCGCAACAGCAUGCCGGCAAGCAUUCACCACGCCUGCGUGGCUGCACCCCGUAAACACGACCAGCCCUUUGCCCUUGAGCCGGCACGCCACGAGCCGCUCGUCCUUGAUCAAGGGGUCGGGCGUCCACUCCGCCGUCGCAUUCGUGUAGCGCACCGCGCCGCGAAUGCCGCCCUCGUAGCUGGUCUCGCGCGGGAUCUCGCCCGACACCCAGAAGAAGCCGUCCCCCACCGUAUGCGCCUCGGCGUGCUGGUCCACGACCGCGCCCGCCGCCGCGAGCUCGGCAAACGUCGGAUCCGCCUCCAAGGAAAUGGGCGGCCGGCCGGGGAACUGCACGCCCCGGAAGUCGGGGCGGUCGGGGUGGACGUCCACCACCACCUUGUCGUCUUUGUUGUCCUGGCUGCGCUCGCCGGCCUUGGCGGCCUUGGCGGCCUUUGCCGCAAUGAUGGCACUGACAGCCGUUUCGAGCCCGCCCGAGUGGUCCCGGUGCCAGUGCGACAGGUGGACGACCUCGACGCCACUCACGUCGGCCUGCAGGCGCGCCACGUUCCGCGCCCACACGGCGCCCUCCGGCCCGGCGUCAAACAAGAGCGUGUGCUGCGUGUCGCCCUUGGUGGCCGUGAUCAGCAGCGACAAGCCGUGGGCGGCACAACAGAUGCUGUCCAUGCGCAGCUCGAGGGCGGCGUCGCCGCGGUCACCGUGGGCGUGGCCGUCCUUUUGGAUCGGCGUCAACUGGAGUCCGCGCAUCUGCCCGGCAUAGUGGACCUCUGGGUGCAGGCUGGGCGUGAUGGGGUCGAGCUCGUUGUCGACCAGCACGGUGACUUCGAUCUUGUCGACGUCGAUGAGGGACAUUGUGGCGGUGGGACGGGGUGGUGUUGUCUAGAUGUCGAGUCAGGUUAG